AUGAACCCUGAAAACGCGCCUUUGCCUGCCGAGAAGGAUCCAGCGCCUCCUCAGGAAAAAGUCUCUGACAACAGCGAGAACAAGCCCACGGUUGCGGAAGCCUCUGCAACUAGUAUCCAACAUGCUGAGCUCUCGUCGUCUGCCACUGCCAGUGGGGUCGAGUAUAGGAAGGUGGUCAGCGACGAGCUUUUCGACAUAAAGAAGAUCCUACAGCAAGUCUUUCAGCGUGUGGAGCGUCUGGGAACCUCUAUGAGGGACACGGAGGUCGUGGCUUCCGAAGGCACCCUCACGGAGCCUACUAGACGCUCGUCCUUGGAUUUGCCGAGUCCAAUCAGAGAGCGAAACAAUCGCGGAAGCACUCGCUCAGCCGGCCCUCGUGGAAGACGCUACGCACGGCCGUUUUCAUCACGAAAGCCCAACUGGACCCUGAAGGUGCUUGAUCCCCAUGGUCUAGAGCCGGUCGAGUCGCUUGACAAGAUCGAAAUAAAGGAGUCGACGCUCAAGUGCCUGAAGGAGGACGGCAUCACAGAGGCUGGAUAUAUCGAGAAGAACAUCCUUGAAAAGCUCAGUGCUGGACACGAUGCUAUCCUUCAAAUCAGAGGCGACAAGCUCGAGAAACUCUCCAUCUACCCUCUUGUGGACCUGUUUGAAAAGGCCGCGCCGGAGCUCCAGGUCCUCAUCCUGAUGAGCCGGCUGGACGCCAUGAGCAGCAAGAGCUUCCUGACAUCGUUCCAGAAGUACCUUGAUAUCGCCGAUCUCAAGGUCGCUAUCCAUGUGGUCCCACAGGAAUUGAGCCUCGAUCUCGGUCCGUUGUCAAAACUGACGCCCAACAAGCCGACUGUUUUUGUCACGACUCCCAAGAUGAUGCGGCGACUGAGGGCCGAGAACAUUAUCAAGCCGAUGUUUGUCCAGGGAAUGGUCGUGUACGAAGCCGAAUAUGUGUUGCGCACACCCGCCCAUGUCGAUAUGAUUCAAUCAGCCUUGAAUGAUUUCCAAAUAUGUCAGGUCGUACUCUCUACACAUGAUGGUACCGAGGACGUCGUUCGUGCUGCGGAGGCCUUUGAUUUCUCAGAGGACGCCAUUGUCUUCAGCAUGGAUCGCAUCCACAUCGACAAUUCGAAGCACUUUUAUUACACGGACAAUGCCCUGACAGAGAUCGCGUUGAAUCACGCAGUCAAAGUAAGCAAGUUGAAAAUGGCGGUCGUGAUCUGUCACGACCAAACGGAGGCCAACAAGCUGCGAGAUGAGUUUGCUGAACGCACAGACGCAUACACAAUUGCCAAGAUGGCAGAGUCGACUGAACUGGUUGGCGGAUUGCUGUUCACCUCGCAGGUCAUCAGCAGCGUUUUCCAUUCACGAUUGCACAACACCGUGGGGAUGAUCAUGAACCUCUCGGGUGCAUACCCUUUCCCUGGCAGGUACUUGGAAAUAACCCUGCCAGGUGAUCACGAAGGUGGUGGAACCUGA